AUGUUUGGCCUCAUCAGAGACGAACUCUGCCAACUUAUUCUAACAAUAAACUUUGCCUCCAUCUGUCCCGUCCUGUCCUUGAUUGGUCUCGGUGGAAACAUCAUCAACAUCAUUGUCUUCAUGACACAAGGUUUCCACGACACGGUCAACAUUAGCCUUUUUGCUUUGGCCUUCAGUGACAUCGGGAUGCUUCUGAACAUUCUCAUCAUUGCUAUCCUCAGCAAUCCCAUUUUGCUAGGUUCCGAAAUUUUAAUUGAGCCGAAAGAGUUCAUGACCGCCGUGGCUGGCUGGCCCAUCGCCUUCUUCAGCAAGACAACUAGCUGGAUAACGGCGUAUAUCACAUUCGAAAGAUGUCUGUGCGUUAUGGUCCCAUUGAGAGUCAAGAGAUUGGUCACUCCAAAAAUCGUUGUUUAUAUAAUGGUUUCAAUCUACGUGAUGAUGUUUGCAAUCCUCAUACCCGAGUUCAUGACCUUCUAUUUAGACUGGACAUAUUUUCCCGACAGAAACAAAACUCUGAUUGGUAUGGUGCGGAGAAAGUACAGCAAGGCUGCAAGUGGGAUAACUUUUACAAUGUUCACAUUUAGUCAGUUCCUUUCGGUACCAUUUAUUAUACUUUUCACGGUCAUUCUUACUGCAAAGCUACGACAAAAAUCAAAAUGGCGCAUUAAAACCACUUCUGGAGCAGACCGAGCGUUGAAAAAGAUGGGUAAAAAAGAUUCCAAGACAAUUAAAAUGGCAACGGCUAUCGCAGUCAUGCACAUCCUUUGUUAUUUACCGUCGUACAUUGACUUGCUCAUUGCUGUCACGGUUCAAGAAUUUUACAUCGUAGGACUUUACAAGAACUCGUUUUUAGUAGCAUUUUCUUUGCCAAGUCUGUUCGAAGCCGUGAACUCGUCACUAAGUAUUUUCUUGUAUUACAGAAUGAGUUCAAAGUACAGGCGCACAUUGAACGAUAUUUUUAAACAAACGAAGACCAAUUUUGCUUAA